AGUUGGCGUGCCAGCAUCCCCAGGUAACUUAUAAGUGGCACCAACGGGCGUGCCCGUUGCACUUGCUCGCUACCAUGAAGAGGCAUAACAAUCGGAAUGCGUACGCUCUGCUGUGGAGCGUUUUGUGCUGCUGCCACCUGCUGCACCCAUGCCAAGGAGUCAACAUGCAGCAGUUUCUGCAAUCGCUCGACAUGAUGCGCAACGGCUGUGUGGCCAAAUUUAAGGUUCCUAUUGAGAUUUUGGACCGAAUACGAGAUGGCGAUUUUGAUCUGGAGCCGACACAGGACUUGCUGUGCUACACCAAGUGCGUAGCCCAAUUGGCAGGUACGGUUACCAAAAAGGGCGAAUUCAGCGUAAGCAAAGCAUUUGCUCAGAUGCCUAUUAUUUUGCCACUAGAGCUGCUGGAGCCCGCUAAGGCAGCGCUCGGCCAUUGCAAGGAUGCGCAAAAGGACUACAAGGACUCAUGCGCAAAGGUGUACUACACCUCAAAAUGCAUUGCGGACUUCGAUCGUGCUAAUUUUAAAUUUCCAUAGCUUGCAGAAAAUGUAAAAUAUCGGUACUCACUCUGUCGCUUUUCCUUCCCCUGUAAUUGUUAAGAGUUACAUUUGGCUUCAGCUUUCCGAUGUUUUGAAUAAAUGAUAACCUACCUGUUGCGA